AUGAACGGCCACCUGGACAUUCAAUUUCUAAGCGUCAACCACAAUAAAUACGUCCCCUACCCGCCGGAAAACCAGAAGAAUCACAAGCAAAUGGCGCCGAAUGCCGAUAAGUCGCAUCCCCGCACUCCCAAACACCUUCAUGCAUUCGAUUUGCUGUCGAUUUCAGACCAAUUACCCCCCAAUACCGGGCCUCCGGGUACGGUUCCUGUCAAUGGAACCAACUCCUCGUCUACCUCCAAUAAAAACUUGAGCCACGUGCCGUGCAAGUUCUACCGCCAGGGUAUCUGCCAGGCUGGCAAUCUGUGUCCUUUCAGCCACAAUUUGGAUGGCACUUUGGCCGCAGACAAGUUGCCAUGCAAGUACUUUCAGAAGGGGAAUUGUAAGUUCGGCUUGAAGUGUGCGUUGGCCCACUUUUUACCUGAUGGCACUCGUGUUAACUCCAAGAGCUUGCUGUCCUACCGCCGCAACAACGACCGUAACAGCGACCGUAAUAACGACCGUAGCACUGAUCGUGGAAACGAUCGUGGAAAUGACCGUGAACGCACUGACCGUGACCGUCAGGACCGUGAUCGUCAGGACCGUGACCGUGAGCGCUCCAGCUACUUUUCGGGCUUACCUUCUUCCAAUCACCACCAAAGGAGCUCCUCUGUGUCUUCGACGGUGGCUGCAGGUGCUCCGUUUUCGUAUUCGACAGGUGGACAUGCGUCGACGUCUUCCUCCUCGGAGUCCUACUCACACUCGCCAGUCUCACAGCCUAUUGAUAUCAGCGUCAAUUCUCUCUUGCGCUCAGGCAACGGCUCGUCUGCCCUGGGAAACACAUCUGCUACUUCAGCUACCUUCCCUUCGUCGAUGUCUUCGUCACAUCCUCACGCUCAAACAUCUGUUCCUUCCAGCUUCCGUACUUACAGCAAUAACUAUAUCGCCCUAGGAGCAGGCUCUUCUUUGACUAGUUAUGGUGGAAGCGAUUGGCUGGUCAAUGGACUGAUUGGCGGUACCAACGGAGGUCUGUCCACAACGUCCCAUUUGAUGCUGAACCCGUUCAACACUCCUGGAACUAGAAUGACUUCCAACCCCAUGCGCAGAUCAUUGUCGUCAAAUUCUCCUCCCAACUUUUCCAUGGCAUCGCCAGUAUCUGGAGAAUUUAGCCGUGAGUUCAACCGGCCAACUUCAAGCGAAUUUUCUACGGGCACAUCGGCAUUCCAGUCGCCCCAAACACAAUUCAGCACCCCGUACUCGAAACUUUCUAGGAACAACAUAUUCUCAACAUCUCCUCAGUAUAACUUCAAUCUGAGUGGCCCGGAUUCUGCGGUAGUUGACGAUGAUAGCGAGGGAAACUAUGGAGACGAAGAUAACGUUUUUUUCGAAGACUACGUGCCCGCAUCGCUUGGUAACCUCAUCUUGACGCCUCAAGAGUGCAAGAGACGCAAUUCCAGAUCGCAAUCGGGGACAUUACUUGUUCGCCCCAACAUUGCAUCGACGAUAUCAUUUGAUAAACGCUCGGAGAAGAAGCUCCCCAGCGGAGAUGAUGUUUUUUUGAUGGACUAG